AUGAAGGUGUCUAUUGCCAUCGAAGGUUGCUGCCAUGGUGAGCUCGACAGAACUUACCAGCUGAUUAGAGCCCUUCCAAAGGAUGAAAAACCCGAACUUUUGUUGAUCACCGGCGACUUCCAAUCGGUCAGAAACCACAACGACCUCAAAUGUGUGUCGAUGCCCGCCAAAUAUCGCAAACUAGGAGAUUUCCAAGACUAUUACACUUCUAAGAAGAAAGCCCCGGUGCUAACGAUAUUCAUUGGUGGCAACCACGAGGCCAGCAAUUACUUGCAGGAACUCAAGUUUGGCGGGUGGGUGGCCCCGAACAUUUACUAUUUGGGGAAAUCCAACGUCAUUUGGUAUAAAGGAUUGAAAAUUGCCGGGGUCACUGGAAUCUUCAAUGAUUACAAUUUCAUGAAACCAAGUUUUGAAAAAGUGCCAUACGAUCAAUCAUCGAUCCGGUCGGUGUAUCAUGUACGGAAACUCGAAUUAUUGAAAUUUCUAUUUUAUGAAAGAAUCAAUCAACAUAAGAUCGACAUUUUCCUCUCGCAUGAUUGGCCUCAACAUAUUACGAAUUUCGGAGACUUACCAAAGUUAUUGAAGGCCAAACCGUUUUUCCAAAAAGAUAUUCAAACUGGUCGGUUAGGAUCGCCGGUGAAUAGAGUGUUGUUACAUAAGUUAGUACCCAGAUAUUGGUAUAGCUCACAUUUACAUGUGAAAUUUGAGGCUAUUUAUAUUGGUGAAGGUGAAAAAAAAAGAAAUGAUGAUGAGAUUGUCAUUAAUAUGGAUGAUUCUGAUGAUGAGGAGGAGGAAGAAGAAGAAGAAGAAGAAGAUGAUGAUGAUGAUGAUGAUGGUGAUGAAAAAGGGACAACAACACAAACGAGAUUCCUAGCUCUUGAUAAGUGUCUUCCAGGAAGGAAGUUUUUAGAGAUUGAAACUAUUGAAGUGGGGGAUAACAACAGCCAUCCAUCAUAUAAUUCCGAUGAACUAUUUUAUGAUGAAACGUUUUUGAAAGUUCAUAAAUAUUUCAACAAGUUUACCAAGCUGUCAGAGUUUAGGCAAAUUGCCAAAGGAACUUUACUCAAUGAAUCGAAUAUGGAAUUAGAUUUAUUAUUGAAUGGGUUCAAAGAUGCUAUCUUGAAGGAGGAUAUUCCUGUGAGAGAUUUGAUGAUCUCCAGGGAUUUUGUCAAAGAAGUGAGUGAACAUGAGAAGAAUUUCCAAGAAUUGCGGCCGAUAAUUAACUCACAAACUGCAACGUUUUGUGAUAAAUUUGGGAUUCUUUUUGAUCAGGAUUGGUGA